GCGCUCCCUAGUUUUUUUUUCUAUUUCUCUUCGCAUUCUCAUUGUUUUGUGUGGCGCAUAUAUAUUGGCGCUCUCUUGUACCAAUAUUCAUGUGUCCAAAUAAAUAAAUAAUAAAUAAAUGGCGAAAUAACUAAGUGGGCAAUGCUGAGGUUAGACAUACAGUAAAGGGUAUGGAUUGGAAAUCAGUUAACGAGGCUAUGAAUCUUAAUUGACUAACGUGCUUAAAACCUAUGUUAUGUGUGUUGGUUAACGAUUAAAGUUUACCAGUUUGUGAAAUCAUUGUUGAUCAAUAUUUUAGGAAAGUGCAAGCUACUUAGUCUGGAUGGAUGAGGUGAUCCGGAUCAAAAUUAGAAGGCUAUAACUGACAUAGCUCAAAAUCGAUCGUGGUGGCACAGAUGCAUUCAAGCUUUGGAAUCCACUAGAUUUCGAGUUUGAAUAUUACUUUAUACUUUUUGUUCCGUGAAUACAGUCCUCCGUUUCAAACUAUAUUCACUACAGUGAUUUUCAAAAUCAUAAACUACUAUCGUUUCCGUUGUCUUGGUUGGUAUCUUUUUUAAUUUUCACCAGCCACGCUGUUCUUACACGGCAAAUUUAGCUAAUACACAUUUACGCCAAGUUGUAUUUAUCGAGUGACGGACGUUCUUAUUUUCACCUAUUUAGAAGGAAACACAUUCUACACACAAAACAAGAUAUUUUAUUUAGCUCAUGCUUUGGAAUAACUCAACUGCCUCUAAUCACUGAUAACUGCAUCAAAAAUAAUUUCAAGAAAUUAAUCAAAAAGUUUAAAUGUUGAAUGUGUCAAGCGAUCGUGACCGUUUUAAUACUCAAAACGAUUUAUAAGUGUGUGUUUGGUUUUAAAGCAUAUCACAAAUGAAAAGUUGGUGGAAAAAUGAAUAAGUACCACACUAUGAGUACUAAGAAAUAAUGAUGUAGAUGUUUGUUUAUUUAUUACGGAAACAUUUCAAUACAACAAGAAAUAUGAAUUUUAAGCAAUCACUUACUAAACGGAACGUUGGAAAAAUCCAUUUUUCACUCCAACCAGUGAACUUGUUAGAAAGCUAAAUACAUAGUGAUUAUGUCACUUAAUACUAUGAACAUACAUGAGUGAUUACAUAUCUCCCAUUUCCAUAACAACUAGACACAAAACUAGAAUAAAGCAUACUAGUUUAACUCAUACAAUAAGUACAUGUUCAUGAAAUUCACUCAAACUACACUCUAAGUAUGAAAGCUAGUAAUAGUAACUGGGUACUUAAUCACAAGUGAGGUAGGGACCGAAUUUAAGAUCUCAGUCAGUCAGUCAGUAACAACGUAGAACUUCGUACGUACGUACAUCAAUUCGAGUUGCCACACCACCUUAGCACAGAGAUGCAGUUGUCGAUUCAAAUCCCGUAGUGGUAGAGGUAGCAAGAGUAUAAGCAGUAAUCGGGAAGAUUAGGGUUUGGAGAUGUUAUUCAAGGAGUAUAAUACAGUGAAAUAAAUUUGGAAAGAGGAAAAACGGGACAUGAAGAAUUCAGAAGAUUAGAAUUUGGGAGAACACAAAUAAUGGAUGCACCUGCGCCAUUGCAAACGAUUUUGAGCCAUGUCAUUCAAGGUCUCUAACCAUCGGUUGCUAUCAUCUCGUGGUCCCCAACCAGGUAGUCUACACCUACCAACAUGACUCAGUCCACUUGUCAGUGACUUCAUGGACUUGUGCCAUGUUUUGGUUUGGCCGCCUCUAGCUUUCUACCAACCUACUCCUAUACCACUGAACAUAGCACGUCGAGGUAGUCGGUCGUUGGGCAUACGUAACACGUGUCCCAGCCAUCUCAACUGAUGAAGUUUCACUACUUCAUCAACUGAUUUGCCAUCCUUACCUAGUACUCGUUUCCUAACAACUGUGUUACUUACUCGAUGGUCCCAUGAUAUACGAGCAAUGUUUCGAAGACACCUAUGAUCGAAUACUAGUAACCUACGAAUAUCCUCUACUCUUACCGGCCAUGUUUCACUGCCAUAAAGUAGGACGGAACGAACUGCUGCGCAGUAAACACGUCCUUUGUUUGAUAGACGGAUAUCUCGCCUACGCCAUAAACGACGCAAGUUGGCAAAAGCUAGUCGAGCCUUCUGUAUCCGUGCUGAGAUUUCGUCACACACCAGACCACAAGGGCUGAUGAGACUUCCAAUAUAAGUGAAGCUAUCGACACGCUCAAUCACUUCACUCCCUAUGAUUAGUUGGGGUUUCGAUGCAACCCAAUCCUGAAGCAACAUUUUGCAUUUCGAGGGGAAGAAUCGCAUCCCGAACAUGCUUGCAUUGUUGCUUAGAGUGGUCAGAAGACUCUGCAUUUUGUCAGCGUCUUCACCAAAUAAAACUAUGUCAUCAGCAUAUUCUAAGUCAACAAGUGAACCUCCCGGUAGAAGUUCAACCCCUGGAAAUUUAGAUGAGGAAAGUGUUAUCUCUAAAAGUACGUCGAUCACAAAGUUGAACAAGAAUGGGGAGAGUGGACAGCCCUGACGAACACCACUUGAGGUAAUCAAUUUUGAUGACAGUUCGCCAUAAGCUCUCACUCGACCAGUUGUGUUCGAGUAGAGAGCCUACAUAAGGUUAAUGUACGUCUGAGGUACUCCUUUCAGUGACAAACACUGCCAUAGAACCUUACGAUCGACAGAGUCGACUGCUGCUUUAAGGUCGAGGAAUACUACAAUUGUGGGGCGUCUGAACGUAUGUCUGUGUUCUAGAACCUGACGUAGUGUCAGUAUUUGGUCUAUACAGCCAUGUCCAGGUCGAAAACCAGACUGGUUUUCUCUAGUCUGUUCUUCACGAGCUUUGGUUAGACAUCGAAGUAUUAUUGAAGCUAAUAUUUUAGACACUAUAUUAGUCACACUGAUUCCUCUGUGAUUGUCACAAGAAGACUUUGUCCUUUCUUAUAGACUAGCACAAUUAGUGAUUGAGACCAGUCAGAUGGGAUUACGUCCAGUCCCCAAAUUCUACCUAAGACCUCAGUUAAUUUCACUGCUAAUACUGGACCACCAUCCUUAAAAAUCUCAGGAGUAAACCUGUCAGGGCCUGCUGCUCUCCCUCGUUUCAGGUUUCCUAUGGCUUUUUCAACUUUGUAGAGUCGGAGGACCUACAUUAACUUGCCAUUCAGGUUGACUAGAGAUCGUGGGAAACCGAAGUGUGGCUGAAGGCCAGUUGAACUGAUCCCUAAAGUGUUAUGCCCGUCGAUCCAAUCUCCUGGAUUGAGAAUGAAUAAUAUGUCCAUCUUUCUCUGAGAUCGUUUCGCUAACGGUCGGGUUCCUAAUUCCGGUUUCCUUAACGAGUCUGAACAAUUGUCUGCUAUUACCUAUUGCCGCUGCCUUUUCCAUCUCUCUUGCUUUCGCUACCCACCACUGUUCGCGAUCAUUGCGUAGACUUCUUGUCAGCUUGCGCUUAAGCUGACUCCGCUCCUCAUUAUGUUCAGAGCCAGGUGGAAUGAGUUUCCGAGCAUCUAUCAGUGAGAUAGAUGCUGCUGAGAUCCAGUGUUGCUCCCUAACCUUCUGGUUUACCUCACUAGCAGAUACCACUGCUGUUUCCACAGCUUUUCGGAUACCAUUCCAUGCUGCCUCAGGGUGGGCAUCACAUACAUGGCUGCCUAACUGUUUUCCUAGUUGUUCCUGAAAUAUACUCUUAGCUUGACUAUCAUUAAGUAGGCCCCUAAGAGGUUUCCUUGCAGCGUCUUUCCUACGUCCAGUAAGACGCAAGCAAAUACUUAUUAAAAACCGAGUAUUUUAACAUGUAAACCACUAUUCAGUUAAUAACUGAUCAGCGUAAGAGUUGGACUUCAUAGGUCAGUAAGUAGGAAACGGCGUUAGUAACUUUAUGAUAGUCGGUCGGUCACAUUUUCGUGCAAGUGAACAAAUCUGUCAAAUAAUAUUAAACGUGAUUUUAAUCAUUUACCACUAAGCUCAAAUGGCAUGGGCAAAUAUAAGCAACCCAACAUUUGCAC